CCAGCUCGAUGUUGUCCAAGAAACGCAGAGUGUCUGGACCGGACACGGAGGUGGAUUCUUACUCGUCUCCUACACCCCCUGGGUCAACCAAAGGAACGUCAGAAGACAAGGACAUGGACAUCGAUGAAAGCCUCUACUCUCGUCAGCUGUAUGUACUAGGUCAUGAGGCAAUGAAGCACCUCCAGAAUUCCAGUGUACUGAUAUCAGGCCUGCGAGGUCUGGGUGUGGAAAUUGCCAAGAAUAUCAUCCUUGGUGGGGUCAAGGCUGUCACUCUCCAUGACCAGGGCACUGCCCAGUGGGCUGAUCUUUCUUCCCAGUUCUACCUGCGUGAGGAAGAUAUUGGCAAAAACCGAGCUGAGAUAUCCCAAGCUCGCCUUGCGGAACUCAACAGUUACGUGCCUGUGCAUACCUACACUGGAGCCCUAGUCGAGGACUUCCUGAGUGGUUUUCAGGUGGUGGUUCUUACCAAUACUGCUUUAGAAUAUCAGCUGCAGGUGGGUGAGUUCUGUCAUAGCCGUGGAAUCAAGCUGGUGGUGGCAGACACUCGGGGCCUAGUUGGACAACUGUUCUGUGAUUUUGGAGAGGAAAUGAUUCUCACUGAUUCAAAUGGGGAACAGCCACUCAGUGCCAUGGUUUCCAUGAUCACCAAGGAGAGUCCGGGGGUCGUCACCUGCUUGGAGGAAUCCCAUCACGGAUUUGAGAGUGGUGACUUUGUCUGUUUCACAGAAGUUCAGGGCAUGAGUGAACUCAAUGGCAUCGGUCCCAUAGAGAUCAAAGUUCUGGGUCCCUGCACCUUUAGCAUCUGUGACACAUCUGGUUUCUCUGACUACAUCCACGGAGGCAUUGUCAGUCAAGUGAAAGUAUCUCAGAAGAUCAGCUUUAAACCACUACUCGCCUCCUUGACAGAACCAGAUUUUGUGGUAGCAGAUUUUGCUAAGUGUCGUCACCCUGCUCAGCUGCACAUUGGUUUCCAGGCCCUGCAUCAUUUCUCUACUGAACAUGGCAGGCUUCCUCGGCCCCAUAAUGAGGAGGAUGCAGCAGAAAUGGUGACCUUAGCACAAGCUGUGAACGCUCGAGCAUCGCCAACAGUUCAGCAGGAUUGCUUGGACAUAGACCUCAUGCGGAAGCUGGCACAUGUGGCUGCUGGGGAUCUGGCACCCGUGAAUGCCUUCAUUGGUGGUUUGGCUGCCCUGGAGGUCAUGAAGGCUUGUUCUGGGAAGUUCAUGCCCGUUAAGCAGUGGCUGUACUUUGAUGCCCUUGAAUGUCUCCCUGAGCACAAAGUGGCUUUCAUGGAAGAUAAGUGCCUGCCGCGCCAGAACCGUUAUGAUGGGCAAGUGGCUGUAUUUGGAUCUGACUUCCAAGAGAAGCUUGGCAAGCAGAAGUACUUCCUGGUAGGUGCGGGUGCCAUUGGCUGUGAGCUGCUCAAGAACUUUGCCAUGAUUGGCCUUGGCUGUGGGGAAGAUGGAGAAAUCACAGUUACAGACAUGGACACCAUUGAUAAAUCAAAUCUGAACCGACAGUUUCUCUUCCGACCCUGGGAUGUCACAAAAUUAAAAUCUGAGACUGCUGCUGCUGCGGUGCGUAACAUAAAUCCACACAUCAGGGUGUUGAGCCACCAGAAUCGAGUGGGCCCAGAGACAGAACACAUCUACGAUGAUGACUUCUUCCAGAACCUGGAUGGUGUGGCCAAUGCUCUGGACAAUUUGGAUGCUCGUUUAUACAUGGACCGCCGUUGUGUGUACUACCAUAAGCCUCUGCUGGAGUCAGGCACAGUGGGCACCAAGGGCAACGUGCAGGUGGUUGUUCCCUUCUUGACAGAAUCCUACAGCUCUAGCCAGGACCCACCUGAGAAAUCCAUCCCCAUCUGCACACUGAAGAACUUCCCCAAUGCCAUUGAGCACACACUGCAGUGGGCUCGGGAUGAGUUUGACGGGCUCUUCAAGAAGUCAGCACAAAGCGUUAACCAGUACCUCACAGAUCCCAAGUUCAUGGAGCGCACACUGCAGCUGUCUGGCACCCAGACUUUGGAAGUACUGGCGGCUGUACAGCGUACCCUAGUCUUGCAGAGGCCAAACACUUGGGCUGACUGUGUGACUUGGGCCUACCGGCACUGGCACACCCAGUAUUCUGACAACAUCCAGCAGUUGCUGCACAACUUCCCUCCAGACCAGCUGACAAGCUCUGGUGCACUCUUCUGGUCGGGGCCAAAGCGCUGCCCACACCCGCUCACCUUUGACACAAACAAUCCCCUGCAUCUGGACUACGUGAUGGCCGCUGCCAACCUGUUCGCCCAGACAUAUGGGCUAGGAGGGUCCCAGGACCGCGCUGCUGCGUCCAAACUCCUGCAGACUCUGCAGGUCCCCAGGUUUGCUCCCAAGUCUGGUGUCAGGAUCCAUGUUUCAGAGCAGGAACUGAAGAGCACCAGUGCCACAUUUGAGUACAGCCACCUGGAGGAACUCAAGACUUCACUUCCUCCUCAAGACAAACUCGUUGGAUUCAAGAUGUACCCCAUUGAGUUUGAGAAGGAUGAUGACAGCAACUUCCACAUGGAUUUCAUCGUGGCAGCAUCCAACCUGCGGGCAGAAAACUACGGCAUUUCCCCGGCAGACCGGCAUAAGAGCAAGCUGAUUGCAGGGAAGAUCAUCCCAACCAUUGCAACCACCACAGCAGCUGUAGUCGGGCUUGUGUGUUUGGAGCUGUACAAGGUGGUUCAGGGACACCAACAACUGGAGUCUUACAAAAACAGUUUUAUCAACUUGGCUUUGCCUUUCUUUAGCUUUUCGGCACCCCUGGCUCCAACCUGUCACCAGUACUAUGAUCAGGAGUGGACAUUGUGGGAUCGCUUUGACGUACAGGCACUACAACCUGGCGGCAAGGAGAUGACCCUCAAGCAGUUUCUAGACUACUUUAAGACAAAGCACAGGCUGGAGAUCACCAUGCUGUCCCACGGUGUGUCCAUGCUCUAUUCCUUCUUUAUGCCACCCCCCAAGCUCAAGGAACGGUUGGAUCAGCCGAUGACAGGGAUUGUGAGCCGUGUGUCAAAGCGAAACCUGGGCCAUCAUGUGAGGACCCUUGUGUUUGAGCUGUGCUGCAACAACGAGAGUGGAGAGGACGUCGAUGUUCCCUAUGUACGAUACAUCAUCCGCUGACCUCUUACUGACUCUUGUCUUUCAGUUCUGUUAGCCUGUGUCAG